UUUUUUUUCCUCCUUAUUUGAGAUGUGUUUCCUUAAUGCUGUAUUGGCGGCAGUAAACUUUGUUUGGAAUCCAGUCUCUGUAGUCUGGAAAUGUGAUUUCUGGCAGUGUGCUCUGUUUUGACACAAUCUUGUCAUAACAACAUGGGUUUCAUCACAGUGGGGUCCCCCUUGUUCUCUCUGGGUGUGCAGAUGGCUCGUGUCCUUUGAUGAUGGUGCUGGGAAAUGGGGAAGGGUUUUCCAGGGGAGAAUAUGAAAGUUAUAAGAGCUGCGGUGCCGGGCACCUUGGGUGUAACUUUGUUCCUCCCUGACUUCUCCCUCUAAUGUUCUUGGAACCUUCCCUGUGUAGAACCUGAGCCAGGAAGAUACUUGUGAGGUCCCAAGUUCUUUUCCUCCCUGGAGGCAGGGGAUAGGACACAGAAAUCAUUCCCAAUAUACCUCUGACUGGUAGAGGUUUCCUCCCAGCUCCCCAGGAGAGUUGACACAGUGCCCUUGCUCAGAUCCCUGUCUGUAAACCAAAUGUUUCAGCCACUGCUCUGCAGAGCUGCCCAUUUCACAAACACCUCAAAGGAAUGUUGAUUUGAAUGGAGAUCACCCUCUUCUCCAGUUUUGGAGCCUGGGAAAAAAAGAGCUGCCUUUGGAAAAAGCUUGAGUUGGUUUUGCGGUUUUUUUCCUUGCAAGGCUUAUUGACUACUGGACUAAGCUUGGAGGUUGUAUUUCCCGUAGGAGGGCUCAGAUUGGGAGAAUGAGGCUCACUCUCUUGUGUGCAUUUGUGGUCUUAACUGAAUUACUUCCAAAGUGUAUCUUUUCCCUCUUGCAUUCUACAAGAUGACCUACCAGCCAGGGCCCAGAGGGAGCCGGUGUUGGUUCCUGCCAGCAGCUGUGACUAGACAGUAGUUACCUUUUAUUUAAUGCCACCCACUCUGUUUCUCACCCUUGCCUUAUGUGGGGCGUAAGAGAAAGGAGCAUUCUGUUUCAGUUUUGCAGUGCUAUCCUAGGAGCUCAUGAUUUGGUACAUGAGAAUUAAGUGAAAAAGCUGGCAGUAAAGGGGGUUAAGUUGGAAUUUGUGGGAUAAUCUAGUUUCUUUUCCUUGACUGUAGGGAAGGUACUUUGAGAAUCAAGCUAUCUUUCUUUAUCUCCACCUACUGUAACACAUACACAUAUCCCUCUUAGCUUUCUCUGACAUGGAACAUUGGGGAAGGGGAAGAGUGGGAGUCCUAUAUGGACUGUAGCUAUGGACUUGUACAUUGGUAUUGGUUCUUAAUAUGGUUUUCAUAAAUGGGCUUUAGGAGGUUCAUAAACCUGAAAAUUUUUCUGCAAAAUUGUAAGUAUAUAUGUUUCUCAGGAGAGGGUCCAUAGCUUUCAUCAGAUUCCCAGAGAGUUCUCUGAUUCCUGAAAGAAUAAGAACCUCUGCUUGGGAUUUGAAUCUUGGAUGAGUAAUAAGAAAAGCAAUAGCUGACAUUUGCUAGGCUCCUGCUACACACUAGGCAUUAAGAGCUUUACAUGCAUUUUAUUUCAUUUGCGCCUCCAAACUCUGUAAGGAAUGUGUUAUGAUUAUCUUUCUUUUACUGAUUAGGAAAUGACGUCACAGAGAAGUUAGCACAAUUAACCUGGAAUGAUGCAGCUUGCUGGAGCUGGGACUUGAACAGAGAUAAUCUCAUUCUAGAACUUGGGGGCUCUUAGCCAUUCUUUAGUAGGACAUGCAUACCAAGCCAAUGGUUCUAAGCAACUCGAUGUAUCUGGCUUUAAAGUUCCUUUGCCUUCUUCAUUUCACUGCCUGAGUUCUAAUACAGGGUUCUGUUGGCCCUGAAUUUGUACUGUGCGGUACCCUUUGUGUUUCCAUAUUGGGAUGGGUGAGAGGAGGAAGAUGCUUUUUGGGAGUCAGAUCUGUUUAAUUUUGAGCAAGUGUCUUAGUUUUUUGUCUUAGUUGUCUUUAAUGUUAAGUCCUAGAACUCAGAACCAUGGCUGUCAACACAGGGUUACUGUGAGCAUAAAGUAAGGUGAUAAUAUUUGUGAAAGAACUUUGGGAGCCAUGAGCUCUGUGGGAUUAUGUGUUAGGAUGGUGACAUCUCUUGUGCUUUCCUGGGGAGAGUAGGCAGCCUCAGACCUCGGAAGGACAGCACCCACUUGGUCCAAAGGGUAUGAGACCUAGGACUGUUUGUCUAAGCUGUCUAUGGUCAAAAGUACAUUCUGGACUGAAGAGAUGGUGAUGUAACUGGGCUGUGUGUGUAUUGAAAAAUCCCUCUUUGCUCUUUCCUCAUUUCAGGUUUGUCCUUUGAGUCAAGUUAAAUAUUUAUUGAGUGUUUCUGAGUACAAAAGUAGUGUAUUAGAGAGUUGGGAGGGAUUACAGAAGUAAAGCCCUUGCCCUUAUAGAGUGUGUGGUCUUGUUGAAGAUCAAGAACAAAAUGUGUGUAUGUGAAGAGAGAUGUAUGUUCAAGCAGAAUGACAUCCUUAACUCCAGGCUGCAGGUACUCUGUACGUGUGUCACCUCAGAUGGCGAACCGGAUUGUGGAUUCUGCAAGGAGCAUCCUCAACAAGUUCAUACCUGAUAUCUAUAUUUACACAGAUCACAUGAAAGGAGUCAACUCUGGGAAGUCUCCAGGCUUUGGGUUGUCACUGGUUGCUGAGACCACCAGUGGCACCUUCCUCAGUGCCGAACUGGCCUCCAACCCCCAGGGCCAGGGAGCAGCAGUACUUCCAGAGGACCUUGGCAGGAACUGUGCCUGGCUGCUGCUGGAGGAAAUCUAUAGGGGUGGAUGUGUAGAUUCAACCAACCAAAGCCUGGCACUACUACUCAUGACCCUUGGACAGCAGGAUGUUUCCAAAGUCCUGCUAGGCCCUCUGUCUCCCUACACGAUAGAAUUUUUGCGGCAUUUGAAGAGCUUUUUCCAGAUUAUGUUUAAAAUUGAAACCAAGCCAUGUGGUGAAGAACUCAAGGGCGGGGAUAAAGUGCUGAUGACCUGUGUUGGCAUUGGUUUCUCCAACCUUAGCAAGACCCUCAAGUGAUAACCAUCACAAGAUAAGGCCCCAGUGCCUCCAGACAAAGCAGACGCUGCCAUGGACACCAAUGGGACCAAGUCCAAAUGGAUUAAUGCAGGACAGGAUAGCCACGUGCUUAAUUUUCUGUGAAGAAAUAUCAAUAUACAAAUAAAAGACAUCUCUGUAGCAUGUGUUUCCAGCUGUUUCUCCAGUGGCGUUGCCAUUGCCCAGGAGGCCCAGUCACCGUGAGAGCUCCCUUGCCUUACCUGGAGGAAGAAUGUGCCUUCAGGCCACAGUCAUGCUGCUAGAACAGUCUCAUAGCUGCAGUUCAGCUGUGCUUCCUCAGCCUACUAUCAUAGGCUUCCUUGGCCCUCUGUCAUAUGGCUGUUUUCCAAACCUGUGGAGUCUGUUACUGUUCUUUCUGCAAGGACUUACCUCCUUGAGCCUCGGUUUUUAUUGUAGGGAUUAAAUGAGAUAAUAUGAGUGGCAGCUCUUCAUGAGUCCUGCAGUGCUAUGCAAAUGUCAGAAAUUGGUAUAUUAGACUAUUUAUCUUUUGUCUUCUGAAUGGAUUGCUGUCAUGGACACAGACACUGAUCUUCAUCUGGUUAAUUGGAUGUAUAUAUGAGGGAUGGGUGACUGCAGGGGUCCAAGUAAAGUUAUUGGGAUGUUUUUUAUAUUCCAAGUGUGCUAUACAUUCCUGUUUUAUUUUCACAAUAGCUCUGUGAUGUAAAUGCUAUCUCCAUGAGAAAAUUCUUAAAGGGUGUUUCGUUCCUUUGAAAUGUAUAAUGUAAAGACAUUAAAUCUCCUCAUUUAAGGA